AGGCACUUUCUCUAUAUAAAGGGCCUGGAUGCAGUAUUUCUACCAGAACCGAGACACGAGCCGAGAAGAAUUCCUUUUAUCUUAUUCAUCUCUAAAUAAUAUUACCCAUCCGGAACCGCGAGAAUUCUGAGACAAUGUUUGUUUCUUGAAGUUUUCAUUUUCUUUAUUUAGCUUACUUUUCGCUUCCAAACAGUUGCCCCAAUGAUUAAAUAGGCGCUAUAAGAUUUAAAGCCUGUCCCUUGAACCAGCGCUCGAUUCCCGUCACACACCGGCGGUGAGACUCAGACCACCUGUAGGCUUCAGCCGGGAAAAAUGUACCGCUCCACGAAAGGCGCGUCGAAAGCGCGAAGAGAUCAGAUCAAUGCCGAGAUCCGUAAAUUGAAGGACCUGCUGCCCAUCUCGGACGCAGACAAGGCUCGCCUGUCUUACCUGCACAUCAUGUCCCUUGCUUGCAUGUACACAAGAAAAUCCGUCUUUUUUUCUCAAGACAUAAGCACAGCCGGGACCCAGGAUGUGAGCCCAAGCUUCAUGUGCAUUCCUGAACUCGCUGAGCUCAUGAACACCUUACCAGGUUUUUUCCUCUUGCUGACAAGCGAGGGCAAGCUCCUGUAUUUGUCCGACAAUGUCACCGAACACCUUGGGCACUCAAUGGUAGAUCUAGUCUCACAGAGUGACAGUGUCUAUGACAUUAUUGAUCCAGCUGAUCACUUUGUCAUGAGGAACAAUCUUGGGGCAGUCACUCCACCUGACACAGAGCGUCUCUUUCGCUGUCGCUUCAACACUUCAAAGUUUGUGAGAAGGCAAGGCUCUGGUAACAAGGUGACUCUGGUGCGAGCACGCUGCCUCCCAUUGCCCUACCACGCAUCAUCUUACUGGACCUCCAAUGCAGUGUGGGUGUGUUUCUGUUCACCUAUGGAGCUCCAGGCAUCGAACCCUGCAAGUACCAGGAACCCACUCCCUACCCCACCAGCUGAGCAAGCUUUUCAGCUGACCUCCUUCCACUCCCAGCACAGCCAUGAUAUGAGGAUACAGACAGCCCAAGAAUGUGUCAGUGUCUAUUUGGGCUAUGACGUGGACACACUACGCUCUCGCUCCUGGUACAGCCUGCUACAUCCUCGAGAUCUCUCUCAUGCCUCGGCGCAGCACUGUGCCCUCUUGCGCGAAGGAGGAGAGAGGCAGGUGGAGAUGGUGGUUCAAGUGGAGACAGCUGACCAUUCAUGGGUCUGGCUUUACAUGGUCCUUCAGCUCCAGUCUGGAGAACAUCCCAUUACGUGCCAGAAUUAUGUCAUUAGUGAGUCUGAAGCAUGGUCUGUGCGUCAGCAGCUGAACUCUGAGCAAAACCAGCUGGCUCUCCUGUACCAGGAGGGUUUGGCUCAACAAUUCUCUCAUCCCCUGUCUAGCCCAGAGCAAGUCUUCACCCCCAGCAGUAGUGGCUUGUCUGCUCAAUCAUUUGACUUUAGCUUUACUGUCUCUGGACGCAGCUCCUCUGAGGAACUGCCCAGCACUUCCACCCUUCACUCAGGCUUGCCACUGGGCUCUGGUCCCUGUUCAAACUUCCCCCUAGAUGAAAAUGACUUUUCUCAACAACAUGAAAGCCACCAGUUAUGCUUACCAGACAGCACAAAGUUCUCCACAAGUUCAGACCCCACUCCUCAUUCCUCUCUGACUGUCAUGACCAAUAUGGCAUUUCCAGCUACCCAAACCCCUAUGCCCCUUGCACCCCGUUUCAUUUCCUGUGUAUCCAAACCACCCAGCAUAGGGGAGAUGCUUUGCACACCACCAUACACUCCAAGACUUGGAGGAGGUCAUUUCAUGUUUGGAGAAGAUUUCUUUAAACCAGAUUUGGCCAGCACAGUCACCCAAACCAUGCACUCAGUCAAUCACCCAUCAUCCCACUCAGCAGACACAGGAGUGACACUAUCUGUACAGCAUGGCAGCAGAGCUCUAUAUGAGAAGCUACCUCCUACGCCAGAUAGUCCAGUCAAUGAUGAAUGUGCCCUUAUGGCCUUACCAGAGAUCAGAGGGCCUCUGUAUGUAGAUGUCCCUCAUUCCAUCCAUCAUGGUCCACCCGAGGGCCUCCUGACCCCAGAGGCUUCUCCUACUGAACAGCGCUGUCCAGGUUUUUUCUCUCAGCGAGCUAUUGAUGAAAGGGAGAAAAUUGAAAUCUCACUAUUAGCUCAAUAUCUUAGUUCAGUUGCUGAGGGCUUCUGGAAAGAUCACUCCUCCUCUGUCCAACCAGAGCAAAACUUGAAACUUCUGACCACUGAUUUUCCACCCACCAUGUGCUGUGGAGAAUCUCACUCAUCACUGGAUCAUGAUGAAAAAGAAGAAAAAUUUGCUAACCCUCUUCCAGCUCCUUAUUUCUCUUCCCCUUCCCCAUGUUCUCAUCCUCACUCCUCUACCGAGCAUACUCCUCCUGCCCAAGUGAGCACCUGCUCCACGGGAUACACUCAGGAGGAGGCCCUAGUUGGUGUGCAGCACCUCUGUAGCGUCCAGUCGACGCACUGUACCAGCACGGUUGGGAGAAGGUCGCUGGAGUCAGGGGCGCAAGAUGAGGGAAGAGCUUCAAUGGAGAGCAUAAUGGAUGAUGAUAUCACUCUCCCAGCCUCCCCACAGUCUACCCCUGCUCCAGAAAAUGACCCCGCCCCUGGUCUACCCUGUGACCAGUCCCUCCUGGAGGAGCUGGUCAACAUGGAACCCGUGUUCGAGGCAGCUGCCUCGGUUAAUCCUGCCUUGAGGCAACAACCUGAGUUGUAUCAACUCCCUUUUCAAGAGUCACCACAGCACUUCUAUCAAGAUGGAACCAGUGAUCACAUGUUCUAAAAUAAGUCUGUGACUUAAUUAAGUAUGGCAUAUUGUCAGCGUUUUCAUAUUAUAUUAAUGAUUAUAUUUAAAAAAGAGAGAUUUUAACAUUGAAAAAUGAUUAUUUUGUGUUUGUACUUGAACAAAAUGAAUGUCAUAUGAGCACUUGUAUUCAUGGACUGUCAUUUUGAGGGAAAAAAAUACUUAAAUGUAUUCUUGUAAUGGCAAUUUUACAAAAUGCCACUUUGGUAUUCACUUAUAGUGAAGACUGUGUUUUACACAAGGAUAAUAUUGAAGAAUAUUGACACUAAUUUUCGGUUCUAUUGCACCCAUACACCAAUGUAGAGUUGUCUACAGCAAAGUAGAGGAUUGAUUCCCGAAAUCUUGUUAUUUAUUAUUCUUUGAUGUUGACGAUGUUUGUGCCUGUGCAAUUACAUAAAGACAUGAAAAUAUUUUAUUCUAUCAAAAUGUUAAUAAAGAUCUUAUUACCUUC